UCCUUUUUUGUGUGCCUCGUAUUUCAGGUGGACGAAAAUAGAAGAUCGGUCUUUUCUUCUUUCUCUGUUUGUAUCUGAAUGCGUGCGAUGGUGGAUCAGUGAUUUAUUGCCUGCCUCGCGGUUCGAACUGAAAGCUUCGGCGAUAAAAAAAAAAAGUACAAAAAAAGGGACGAAAAAAACAGAGCCAAGAAGAAGGAGAAACUGAGCAACGCCAUGUUGGUAGCGUCGUCAUCGUCAUCGACGUUGUCGAGGCCCCCGCUGGCACUGGUUUUGCUGCUGGCACUGCUGUCGACGACGUUGAGCGGGGCGACCAACGACGUGACGUUUGUCGACAACGGGUACGAGAACGUGGUCGUGUCCAUCAGCGACAGGCUGGACAAGGCCCAGUGCCCGGUCAUCGUCCGCAAUUUAUGGGUCUUCGGUUUCAACUCAGAGGUAUUCGGCGAGCCUUUGAAUCCGGUAUGA